AUGAAUGUUUUCUUGGACGAAAAUUGGACAGCUAAGCUGUCAGAUUUCUCACUUGCUCUAACUCUUCCGGAGGGGAAAUCCCAAAUGGAAGAUCAAGUGAUGGGAUGGCCCGGAUACUUGGAUCCUUCGUAUCUUCAUACAAAUAUCGUCACGGAGUAUGUUGAUGUAUAUAGCUUUGGAAUCUUUAUGAUGGUUCUUCUGAUUGCAAGACAUAGUAUGGCUCCUCGAUCUGAUAUGCGCUUCAUUGAUAUCCGUACCUAUGUAAGAGGCUUACAAGAGAAAGGCGAGUUUAUCGAGACCAUAUUCAAGGUUGGAGUGAGAGAUAUUGUGGAGGCUAAAAGAUGUCAGGUGGACAAGUUUGUUGACCUAACGUUCAGAUGCUGCGAGAAGAGUGUGGAGAAGAGACCGAAGAUGAUCGAUGUUGCCAAGGAGCUUAAACGGAUAGAGAGAUCACUAGAUGAUACACCUGCUGGUCCGAGGUAA